UAAUCGCCAAAAAAAAAUUUGUACGAUUUAUUUUAUUGUUAAUAACGGAUGGUGAUCAUAAUGUCAUUGUAAAUUUGUUGCACUUUAUAAAAAUGUAGAUCGUCCAAGCAAAUCGUCAUUGUUUUAUUUUUCACCACAAAUAAUCGUUGGUCGUUUUAUAUUUUUUUGGCUGAUUUUUGAUUGAAUUGAAAAAUCGAACGAUGAAUUUGAAAAUUGUAGCAUUUACUACCAUCGCUGUUAUCAUUAUUAAUCUUGGUAUUGGUAUAUGGUACGGUUUUUAUAAACAAUCUAAUAAUAGUAUUGAGAUACGUUCCAUCAAUGCUAAAGUGAAUUAUUAUAAUGUUUUAUCCAUUAAUUGGCCAUUUACCGUUUGUGUGAAUGCAACAAAAUCAUGUAUUAGACCGUUACCGAAUCGUUGGACCAUUCAUGGUCUUUGGCCAAAUGGACUUGAUAAUUCAAUGAUUUUCGAUUGUACAUCAGAAAAAUAUGACUCAAAUCAGAUACGAAUGUUGAAAACACGUAUGGAUGAACAGUGGUUAUCGGUUAAAAAAUCUGGUAAUGAUGCUUUUUGGAAACAUGAAUGGCAAAAACAUGGAACCUGUGCAACUGGCUAUAGCCAAUAUGACUAUUUCAAUAAAACAUUGUCAUUAUUUGAACGUUAUGAUGUGAAUCGAAUGCUGAAAAACAAUGGCAUAAAUUAUGGUAGCCUAAUCAAUGUGGCUGAUAUUCGUCGUGCACUUGAAGCCAGUGGUCUACGGUCCGAUAUGUUUGUGAUACAAUGUAAAAAUUCCUAUAAACAACCAUAUCUAUUCGAGAUUCGAAUGUGUUUUACAGCCGAUCUAAAACCUAUGACCUGUGCUAUAAAAAGUAAUUGUAAAAAACCACAAGUUUUUUAUGUGAUGAAAUAAUUCGAUUCAAUUGUUUUCAAUUGGACAAUUUUAUUGAUGAUAAUUAUAAUUUCAACUAAAUAGACCUCUAAAAUUUUUCAAAUAUAUUUUUCUAUAUCGACUUAGUCGGUUCGUCAAUAAACACAAAUAAUUCAACGUUGCAUAUAUACGCCGAUAUAUUGCGAGUGGUAAAGAGAUGUGAUUUUUUUUUCAUUCAAUUUAAUUUUUUUGUAUUUUCAAUAAUUUUCCUCAUUCAAUUGAUUUUUUAAUGAAA